AUGAUUUUUGCACUGAUCUUUUUAGCUACACAUCUCAAUUAUUUCAUUGAAACACCAAAUUUCAAAUCAACAACACCACAAGAAGGGAAAAAACAUCUCCAUUUCCAAAACCAUAUCCAAUUAGUAGCACAUUCAAAAUGCAAAGGAACACUCUACCCUGAUCUCUGUGUCUCAACCUUAUCCACAUUCCCAAACCUUGAAACAAGAACAAUGCCACAAAUAAUCUCCAAAGUAGUCAACCACACAGUCCAUGAAGUCAAAUCUUCAUCCAACAACUGCACCACCAUAAUCAAGAAUCUCCAAAACACUCUCAACACCAUUCAGAAAAGAGCCUUAGAUGAUUGUCUCAAACUCUUUGAUGACACCAUAGUAGAACUCAACACCACCAUUCUUGAUCUCUCAAAAAAACCAUCAUCAUCAUCAUCAUCAUCUUCCAACCAAGAUUUGCAAACUCUACUUAGUGGGGCAAUGACAAAUUUGUACACUUGUCUUGAUGGUUUCUCACAAAGCAAAAAUGGGAAUGCUGUGAGAGGGUUGAUAGAGGAGAAAGUGACUGAGAUAUCACAUCAUGUUAGUAACUCAUUGGCAAUGUUGAAGAAAGUGAAGACAAGUUUGAAGAAAGAAGAGGUGUUUGCUGAAUAUGGAACAAUGAAGAAAGGGUUCCCUUCAUGGGUUUCUGCUAAGGAUAGGAAGCUUCUAGAAGAUGGAAAUGUGAAUGAAACUAAGAUUGAUGUUGUUGUGGCUAAAGAUGGUUCUGGAAAUUUUACUACUAUUGGUGAAGCUGUAGUUAUGGCUCCUAAUUCCAGCACAACCAGGUUUGUGAUAUACAUAAAAAGUGGAGCAUACUUGGAGAAUGUGAAAGUAAUUAGAAAGAAGACUAAUUUGAUGUUUAUUGGAGAUGGCAUUGGAAGGACCAUUGUCAAGGCAAAUAGGAAUGUUGUUGAUGGCUGGACCACUUUUCAAUCAGCUACCGUUGAUUAUGACAUAUAUAUUGACCCACACACGUUCUACCUAGCUGUGUUAUGUGCCUUAGGUCACACGUUUGAUAAUAGUAACACAGAAAGAUUAAUGGAAAUCAUGUCUGAAGAAGAAAAAAGGGAAUUUGGAUUUGAUGUAAAGGCAAUAGAUUGGAAAGAUUAUAUCACCAAUGUUCAUAUACCAGGUCUAAGGAGACAUGUCAUGAAGGGAAGGGGAAUGGGUAGUUAG